AUGUCCGAUGUGGAGCGCCGUUUCCUCCACGACGGCAUCAAGCGAACCUACGAGAAGGCGCUGGAGUGCGAAGGAUGGGGAGACGUGGACGCCGCCGAGGACACAUACCGCAAGCUCAACAACGCCGUCAAGAGGGACGUCGUCGGCAACGCGCGCGACAUCGGCCUGACCCCGUUCGAGACCCAGCAAAUCGCGAAGCUCACCGCCAUGCUGUCGCUGCGCGCGAAGGAGCUUCGGCGCGGCGACGACCUCGGCAUCGGACCGGACGCGUGCAGGGAGCUGCGCGAGUACAUGUGCGCGUUUCUGCUGGACCCCAAGGCUGAGUUUCCCUUCGACGUGGCUCCCGAGGCGGUCGGGGAGCGACCGGUGGAGCUGCAGAUGGAGGAGCUGGCCAUCGCGUCGUCGUCGUACGAUGCGAACGACGAUCGAUCGCCCCCUGACCGUUGGGACUCGAGCGGAAACGGCGGCGGGGGGCACAGGGAACCGAGGUUCAUACCCGACGGCGUGAAGGACGGAGUCGGCGGCGCGGGCGGCGUCAAUCGGACGCUGACGGAGCGCGAGGGCGGGUCGCUGAUGCCGCCGCCGCGGCUGAGGGAGAGGGGCGACCAGGCGCUCGUGACCCGAAUCCUCCACUUCGGAUGCAAGGACUCGGGGGAGUUCAUCGACCCGUUCGUGACGGUCACCGUGGUUGACGGCGCGGGUAACCUCGUGGAGGCGACGCAGGACACGCCGGUGGUCAACCGACGGGACGUGAACAAGGUUCUCUUCGACGGCGUCGCGGUGCACGCGCAGACGCCGCUGCACGAGCUCCCCGAUGACGCCGCCGUGAUCCUCGAGUUUAAGCACUACAAGCCGAAGAAGCGGAAGAUCAGCACGCGCGGGUGGAGCUUCUUCAGGCUCAGCGACCUCGACCCGGACAAGGAGUCGCAAACGCUGGCGCUCGAGAUUUACGCCAAACCCACGGACCUGCGGUGCCGCAAGUUCGGGCUGCUCUCGGUCAAGCCGCUGUACUUCCACGUGGAGGCGUACGUGAGAACGGAGUGA